AUGAAAUUUCCUGUAAAUUUUCUUCUUCCAAAAGGAAAACCAGAUGUAAUAGGAGCUUCUGAUCUAGAUUUUACAGCACCGCUUUAUAUUCAAAGCUCAUGUGUAUCAGUACUUAUUUCUAUUAUUCUUGGACGAGAAAGAUCCAUUUUAGCAUCAGAAAAUUUUAAUAUUAAAGAAGGAAAAAAGAAAUCAAUGCUUAUUUUAUGUGGAUAUAAAAGAGAAAAGUUUAUUCAUGAAAUAAUAUUUUCAUAUACUGCAAACAAGCAGAGAACAUGGGAAGAUAUGAAUGAAAAAGAGGAACUUAAAACAUCUAUAAAAACAGAAGAAUCUUUUUGGAUAAAUGAUGAGUUUUCAACUGGUUCUUGGAUAUUAGCAGCAGAUAAUAUUGAUAUUAUUUAUGUUCCAUCUCUACGAGGUCUUCGGGCUAUCUUAUCAGAUUAUCAUUAUUCGUCUGAUUACUCGUCAGAAAAUAUAUUGGCAAUUUGGCCUUUUUUAAAAAUUCAUGAAGCAUCGGGUGAAUUUUCAGCACAAGGUAUUUCUAAAACAAUAGCGUUAGCCAUUGAGGCUUCUGGAAAUAAAAAUCUUAUAUUUUGUGAUUCUCUUUCUAUAUUGUCACCGAUCCAACUUCUUAAUAGCAGUGUAAAAAUAUCUGGAAUUUCCGUUUGUUCGGUAAUUAAGCAAAUUACGGUUGCAACUGUUCUUGAAAGAUGGAUAAGUGCAUUUUGGGAAAUUGCAGGAUUAGAUGAACAGGGAAGACGAUAUGGUAUUUGGAAAUACUGUGGAAAAUGUUAUAAAGUAUCUUGGAAGAAUAUAGAAAAUGGAGAAAUAAGUGAUAUUGAGCAUACACAACUUAACUAA